AUGCCGACUCCAAUCCCCAUCCAAGCCUUCGCCCAAGCCCAAACAGAACUCCUUCUCGCAGAACAUGAAGCCGAAAUUGCCUCCUCACCGCUCUCUGCAUCAAUUGCACAAUCAGAUGGUAUUUCCGCUUCAACACGUCGCACAUUGCAAGCCGCAGGCUAUGCACUCAUAGGCCUUGUUCUCAUCAAUUGUCGGACGGGAAUGGGUGGACGUGAGGUAGGCGAAUUCGGCGUGGACAGUGCAAUUGGAUCUGGGGCGAGGGGUGGAAAGGAUAGCAAUGGUGAUGGUGGGAACGGUGAUGGUGGAGCGCAGAGGUUGGGCGCUCAUGGGAUGAGGGUGGGCGAUGUCGUGAGAGUUGAGGAUGUGGCGGCGGGAACUCGGGGUGGUGGCGGUAGGGCAAGAGGAUCAAAGGAGGAGGAGAGAAAGGAUAAGGCCCCGGAGGGGGUUGUGACUAGAGUUGGGGAGCGGAGUAUUUGGGUCGCGUUUGGGGGGCAGAGGGUCGCUGGUGGAAAGGGGAGAGAUGAAGAGUCUGUAGAGGAUCUGUGGGGAAAGAAGGUUUGGAUGAUGAAGCAAACUAUGGCCAAAUUGGGGAGCAUGACGGAGUCAGACUACACAUAUUUCAUGAGGGUGGUUUUUGGGCAUUCGACACCCUCCCCCGUGGAUUUGAGUUCCAUCGGGACAAUCGAGUUCAUUGAUCCUACACUAAACGACUCACAAAGGGAAGCAAUCCGAUUUGCACUUGCAGCAAAAGAAAUUGCGCUCAUCCAUGGUCCACCCGGCACUGGAAAAACAUAUACACUGAUAGAAUUAAUCCUGCAAUUUCUCCGCCAAAAUCUUCGUAUCUUAGUGUGCGGUCCGUCGAACGUCUCAGUGGAUAAUAUUGUCGAACGACUGGCUCCACACAAAGUGCCCCUGGUUAGAAUUGGACAUCCCGCCCGCCUUCUAUCAACUGUUUUGGAUCACUCCUUGGAGGUUUUAAUCCAAACAUCAGACGCUGCCGCCAUUGUCAAGGACAUCAGGAAGGAGAUAGAAGUUAAACAGGCAAGUAUACGCAAGACAAGAAGCGGGAGGGAGAGGAGAGAGAUCUACAGAGAUCUGAAGGAACUACGUAAAGAGUUCCGAGAACGAGAGUCUAAAUGUGUUGGUAACCUUGUUACGGAUUGUAAAGUGGUUCUGGCAACAUUGCACGGCGCCGGUGGGCAUCAGCUGAGAAACCAGAAAUUCGACGUUGUUAUCAUUGAUGAGGCCAGCCAGGCGCUGGAGGCUCAAUGUUGGGUUCCACUGUUGUCUGCUUCCAAGGCGAUAUUGGCUGGUGACCAUCUGCAGUUGCCUCCAACUGUCAAGUCUGCCACUUUGAAAUUUAGCGGGGCGGUGGGAAGCGGGAAGUCACCAGACGACGAACAAUCAGUCCUAAGGAUGGACAAGGAUAACAAUGUAGGCCAGCAUAAAGCAAAAGGAGGGACACUCGAAAUGACGCUAUUUGAUCGUUUGCUGUCGCUGCAUGGUCCCGCCAUCAAACGAAUGCUAACAACUCAGUAUCGGAUGCAUGAGAAAAUCAUGCAAUUUCCUUCACAAGAACUUUAUGAAUCAAAGCUGAUCGCCGCAGAUGCAGUGAAACUGCGAUUACUUAAGGAUUUGCCUUAUGAAGUUGAAGAGACUGAUGACACACGGGAACCACUGGUAUUCUAUGAUACCCAGGGUGGAGAUUUCCCAGAGAAAGUCGAGGAACCUGCUGUGAUGCCGAAGCAGAAGCAGAUAUCCCUCUUUGCCGAGAGUAAGAGCAAUGAUAUGGAAGCCUAUCUGGUCGCUAGACACGUUGAAAAUUUGAUUGGGGCUGGUGUAAAACCAGAAGAUGUCGCCGUCGUGACGCCAUACAAUGCACAGUUAGCUUUAUUGUCUAGCAUGUUGAAAGACAAAUACCCUGGACUCGAACUAGGGAGCGUGGAUGGGUUUCAAGGACGGGAGAAGGAGGCUGUCAUCGUGAGUCUUGUGCGUAGCAACCCAGAGCAUGAAGUUGGGUUUCUUGCUGAGAAGAGGCGAUUAAAUGUCGCAAUGACCCGUCCCAAACGUCAUUUGUGCAUAUGUGGGGAUUCUGAAACAAUUCGUGGUGGCAACCAAUUCCUACGACGUUGGAUGGAUUUCUUGGAGGAAAAUGCGGAUCUACGAUACCCCGACGCUGGCGAAUACAUGCAAUCCUAA